CUCUCAGAAUGGAGCUUAUGCAAAUUUCCCUGGCCCACUUGCUCGGGACAGCUUUUGCUCUAUCUUUGGUGGCCAUACCUGCUGCCUAUUUAUAUUUCACCAAUAAACGCAAAGGUUGUUUAAAUCCUGACAAGUUCAACGAAUUCAAACUUGUUAAGAAAACUCAGCUAAACCAUAAUACUGCAAGGUUCAGAUUUAGUCUUCCUACACCCACUUCAGUAUUGGGUCUUCCCGCCGGACAGUAUGUAAUUUGCAGAGGAAAGGAUAACCAAGGUGAAGAAGUGAUUAGACCAUAUACACCAAUUACUUUGGACUCUCAUGUGGGUUACUUUGAACUGGUUGUAAAGAUGUAUCCCAUGGGAAAGAUGUCCCACCAUUUUAGAGAGAUGCGAGAAGGCGAUUACCUGUCUGUGAAGGGCCCCACGGGGAGCUUUAAAUACAAACCUGGCCAAGCUAGAGCUUUUGGAAUGCUUGCAGGUGGCUCUGGCAUAACCGCAAUGUUUCAGCUCACUCGAGCCAUACUAGAAAACCGGAAAGAUAAGACCAAUGUGCAUCUUAUCUAUGCCAAUGUCACCCUAGAUGACAUCCUGUUGAAGGAAGAGCUAGAUGCCUUUGCUAGAAAUUUCCCUAAUCGUUUCAAAGUCUUCUAUGUCUUGAAUGAGCCUCCUGUGCCAUGGAAUGGUGGCGUUGGGUUUAUAACCAAGGAAAUGAUUCAAACCCAUUUCCCAGCACCAGCCCCAGAUGUUCAGAUUCUGAGGUGCGGUCCACCAGCCAUGAACAUGGCCAUGAAAGCUCACGUUGAUGCACUUGGAUACACAUCAGACAUGUGUUAUAAUGAACCCUAGGGAACCCUUGAGAAGAUAACUGAGAAGAGAAGUUUGAAGUGAACUGAAGUGUUGUCGUGAAGGCUAAACUUACAUGAGUUCGGGAAUGGGCUGGAUCACGUAGAGGCUGAAGCCCGUGCUGCAAUAGGGUUUUAAGAAUAAGUGGGCCUUGGCCCAGUUCAAUAUUAAGUCUAUUAAUGUUUUAAAAUUAAUCCAGUAUCGGUUAUUGUAUUUCCUUAUUUUAUUCCGUUACGUUGUUAUGGUAC